CGGGGCGACAGGCAUCGGGCCCCCAGGAGGGGCGACAGGCAUCGGGCCCCCAGGCGGGGUGACAGGCAUCGGGCCCCCAGGCGGGGCGACAGGCAUCGGGCCCCCAGGCGGGGCAACAGGCAUCGGGCCCCCAGGCGGAGCGACAGGUCUCGGGCCCUCAGGCAGAGCGGCGGGCGCCGGACCCCCAGGUGGAGCAACAGGUCUCGGGCCCUCAGGCGGAGCGGCGGGCGCCGGACCCCCAGGUGGAGCGACAGGGUCUCGGGCCCUCAGGCGGAGCGGCGGGCGCCGGACCCCCAGGCGGAGCGACGGGUCUCGGGCCCCCAGGCGGAGCGACAGGUCUCG